AAAACCUGCAACUAACUCCGAUAUGAUUCAUACAAGCUAAGAACCAACUAGCUACGCUACAUCAUAUCAAAAUGAAUGAAGAGAUGGCGGCCAAAAAAAGUGGGAAAGUAGAAAGGGUGAAGGGCGGGAUGAUCACCAUGCCAUUCAUAUUUGCGAAUGAAGUGUGUGAGAAGUUGGCCGUAGUGGGCUUUGCUGCAAACAUGAUCAUAUACUUGACGACUCAGUUGCAUCUUCCACUAACUAAAGCGGCCAAUACUCUGACCAACUUCGGCGGAACCGCCAGCUUAACCCCCUUGCUUGGAGCUUUUCUUGCCGACACCUUCGCCGGAAGAUUUUGGACUAUCACUAUUGCCUCAAUCAUUUAUCAAUUAGGAAUGACUCUGUUAACAACUUCAGCAAUACUUCCAAAGCUAAGACCUCCAGCAUGCAAGCCCGACCAAGUUUGCCAGGAAGCAAACUCCGGCCAAGUCGCCAUCCUCUAUGUGUCCCUCCUCCUAACCGCCCUGGGUUCGGGUGGAAUCCGGCCGUGCGUGGUGGCGUUCGGAGCCGACCAAUUCGACGAGACCGAUCCGAAGCAGAAGACAAAAACGUGGAGAUUCUUCAACUGGUACUACUUCUGCAUGGGGACAUCCAUGCUGGUGGCCGUCACGGUGGUGGUGUAUAUACAAGAUAACAUUGGUUGGGGUUGGGGGUUUGGGGUCCCAACCAUAGCCAUGGCUUUCUCUAUCUUCACCUUCAUCUUCGGCUACCCUUUGUACCGGAAUCUGGACCCCGCCGGAAGCCCCUUCACGCGCCUUGUGCAAGUCUGCGUCGCCGCCUACAAGAAGAGGAAGGUGCCCAUAGUUUCCAAUUCCACCUUGCUUUAUCAAAACGACGAGAUUGAUGCUGCUAUUUCGGUCGCCGGGAAGCUUCUUCAUACUAAACACAUGCAAUUUUUGGACAAGGCUGCAGUUAUAACGGAGGAUGACGACCCAAAAUCCCCCAACUUAUGGAGGCUAAAUACGGUCCACCGGGUUGAGGAACUAAAAUCCGUGAUCCGAAUGGGCCCAAUAUGGGCCUCCGGAAUCAUUCUCAUCACUGCAUAUGCCCAACAAAACACAUUCUCAAUCCAACAAGCAAAAACCAUGGACAGACACCUUACAAAAUCAUUCCAAAUCCCCGCUGCUUCCAUGUCCGUCUUCACCUUAUCCUCCAUGCUAUGCACCAUUGUCUUCUACGACCGCGUCUUCGUCCCCUUGGCCAGAAAAGUCACCGGACUCGAGCGUGGCAUCUCCUUUCUCAGCCGCAUGGGCAUUGGCUUCUUCAUCUCCAUCCUCGCAACUCUCGUGGCCGGCUUCGUGGAAAUGAAGCGGAAGAACGCCGCGGCGGCCCACGGAAUAAGCGACAAGGCAGACGCAAUGAUUCCGAUUCCGGUGUUCUGGCUGGUGCCGCAGUACUUCCUGCACGGGAUGGCGGAGGCGUUCAUGUCAAUCGGGCACCUGGAGUUCUUCUACGAUCAAGCGCCGGAGAGCAUGAGGAGCACGGCGUCGGCGCUGUUCUGGACCGCCAUCUCCGCCGGGAAUUACAUGAGCACUCUCUUGGUUUCUCUGGUGCACAAGUUCAGCGCAGGCCCCGGCGGAUCAAACUGGCUUCCGGAUAACAAUUUGAACAAGGGGAAGUUGGAGUACUUUUACUGGCUCAUCACAUUGCUGCAACUCUUCAACUUUGUUUACUAUCUUUUCUGUGCAAAAUUCUAUACUUUCAAGCCAAUUCAGAUCCAGAAGAUGGAAGGUGAGCCCAAAAAGGAUGGGACGAUUCAACUUGCAGACAAUGUUUAACUUCAUUUGAAGAUUGUAUGUAGUAAUAGUAAUAUAUAAGAUCAAAUUAACUAGCAUAUAUGCAUCUUUAAUUUAGUUUAAUUUGGGCCAGGCCAGGCCUUGAUAUGUACGUAUGUAUGUAGUAUGUACACUUUGGCAUCCAUAGCUCUAUACUAGCUCAAUCUGAUGAGAUAGAUAUAUAUAUCCGGCCUGUACUGCUGCGCUGUAGUAGGAAAUUAAACAUCAUAUCCAACAACAAAUCAUGUAUUACACUUCA